AUGCAGAAUGGAUUUCGAACAUUGACAAUGUCUACUCUUCUAGUCCGGGUGCCUAGAACCAAAUCUACUGCUUUCGAAAUACCUCUUCGAAUCAAUGACCUUGUCUUCCUCCAUACUACCUUAAGAAAAUUCCAUCAGAUCUUGUGUCCAGAUUCUCGGGUCUUUCAUUUCAGAAUCAACGACGUGACGGAACUUGCAUUUCAAACAACUGUUGCGGAUAACGAGGCAGUUGAGCCGCCAGAAAGUCCUGAUCCUAUCCAUUCAGCGGUCACCAUUAAUUCAACAUUUGCAGACCGCGAUGCUAAGACGGUAAGCCAAGCACAAUUACAAGAAGACACGAGACUUUCAGAGAUCAUCAACAUUCAGAAUACGGAGCUAUGCACAGGUAUAUCUGAUCAAGCAGCCAUCGCGAACCAGGAUACAAUGCAAGAGGAGAUGGCAUUAGAUCGAUUAGCCAUGGUGGAUCAAGAUUUCAAAUUGGACUGGGAACAUGCGCGUGUGAAUAAGGAAUCAGAUCAUGUUUCUUUUCUUAGAGGCUCUGAACUUGUAUCCGCUGAGAUUUGGCGAACAAUAAAGAAGACUGGCGCGGGGUAUCUCUUUCCAGACCAACUUUUACUUGUCUGUCGCGAGUCACAUGAUUCCUUCCUCGAACACUAUAGCAUUAUGAAUCUUCAGAGCCUUCCCGGCAAUGAAGUUAUAUUAGAUGGCACUAUCAAUUCCAGGCACUCAACAUUUCAUGCAUCGUCAAGACGUUACAUUGAUAACAAGAGCGAUACGUUAGUUAUUCGCAACUUGCAGGAUAUCAUGGAGGACUUACUGCUCUUCAACAUGCACUUGAACCUAUAUGUUAACCAAGGAGAACUUGACUUGAGCCCGCUGUCGAUCAACUGCUUGCAACCUAUCAAUGCUGAUACUAUCGAUUCUCUGGUAGAGUGUAUUGAAAACGGUCACUACCACGAGGAUCUCGGCGGCUUUGUUCGAAACCCAUCUCAUGGGGGUCAAUCGGCGCUAAACCAUAGCAUGAUCUACAAAAGUCAGUAUCUGGAGCGAAUUCAAAACAACCCGGAUUAUUGGGGAGGCAUUGAGUUUGAGACAUCAUUCCUCAUCAAUUUUCAUCCAGACUACGACUUCUACAUCAUAAACAGAGAUUCUCGCAAUCAAAAAGACCCAGGAGUAUACAAAGAUGGAAUAUUCUACGAUAGUUAUGGUGGGAAGGAGCAACACGGGGAAUAUGAAUCGACCACAAGAUUUGAAUUGAUAGAUGGCCAUGGAAUGAUCCAAGAACGAUUCAAGAUAUGGAGUAAUGCAACUCGGAAGGGAAUGGGGACAGUAAAAUAA